ACCGACCAGUGGCGGGACGCUUUAUUCACGAGACGCGCCUCUCUCUGGUGGCAUCGGUACACUGAAGUAUAAAUCAGAACAAAUCGAGCUUUUGGCGCUGAAUUUGUGGAUCAAUUCCAAAUCAACCAUUCAGUAUUUUUUUAUGCAGAUUGAAUUUUUUAGUUAAUUAGAAAAUAGUUUGAAAAUUGAAGGAAAAAUAUUUUUUUACCUGUGAAUUUUUGAAGCUACACAAUGUCUACUGCAAUGUUUGAGUCAUUGAGCGAUAAAGUUGCGAUGUUCAACCAGCAAGCGAACAGCCACAUGGCGAGUCAAAGCAAAAAUCCCUUCACAAGUGGAUUAAACCUUGACAGGCCGAAAUUCUCAAAGGAAGAGUAUGGAAGACCAGCGGCUGGUUCAUUGUCAGAUAUACGUGGCCGCAAAGCGACAGCACAUAUUCUACGAGAAAUGUUGGAGCUUUGUGAAAUAAUUCAGCAGAAUGGUACUCCGUGCAAAGACCAUCCGGAAAUAAUGGGGAUUACGUUUGGGGAUUUGUUCAAUAUUUACGUUGCCAUUAGCGAUAAGUGUGUGGGACUUCUUUUGAGGGCGAGGAAGCAGGGGAUGGUGGAGUUCGAGGGCGAGGUGCUCUUUCAGAGACGAGAUGACGACGUUCCAAUAUUCCUCGUGAAACCCAUCGCGGAAAUUCGAGCCUACUUCAAACAGAAGAUCGAGGACGCCAAGAAAGACGUUCAUUGACGAAUAAUCACCUCUAAGCCCGAAAAUGUGUAAAUGAGUUCUGUGCGAGAGUGUGAAUGAACCUGUUGUAAAUAUUGUCAAGUGUCAUGCGAUAUUGUGAUAUGUAAUAUAGACCCUGGUCCUAUAAAUUUUUACAUAAAACAUUGAA